AUGAUGCUGGAGCUGAGAGUCUUAGAUCUUCACUCAGAGGCAACAGAAAAUCGAGUAACAGUCAUGCUAGAAAUACUCAGAGAACCCAGAAGAGGAGAAGUUAGGAAGAGGAAGGAAGAUAUAGUGGAUGAAGGAUACUAGAACAAAGCCCUCUAUAAACAACUUAAAAGAUUGUAACAAGAAAGAGAAAAAGAACCAAAUCGCCUAGAAUCAUUGAAGAAACUGAAAACUUCCUUACAAGAAGAUGUUCAAAAGUAUAAAGCAUACAUGAAGAGUUUGGAAUCACAUUCGUCUGUCCUAGACCAGCAACUGAGUGGUCUUGAUGAAAAAAUUGGGAGACUACAAUUAGAAUGUGAAGCAAUGAGACAGGAGAAUGCUCAGCUACAGAAUAUAGUUGAUAACCAAAAGUACUCAGUUGCAGACAUCGAGAGAAUCAAUCAUGAAAAAAAUGGGUUACAACAGACCAUUAAUAAAUUAGCCAAAGUCCUAGAGAUUGAACAGAAACAAAUGUGGAAUGAGGAAUUAAAAUAUGCCAGAGGUAAAGAGGCAAUUGAAACACAAUUAGCAGACUACCACAGAUUGACUAGAAAAUUAAAACUUAUUCCUAAAGGUGCUGAGAACUCCAAAGGUUAUAACUUUGAAAUCAAACUUAAUCCUGAAGCUGCUGCCAAAAGCCUUGUCCAAUACAGGACUCAAGUAUAUAGUCUGAAAAGACGUGUACCUCUCAAAGAGUUCUUGGUUGAAAGUGAGGAAGAAAUUAUCAAAGUUUUAGAUAAAAAGAUUGCUCUGGAGGUCACUUUAGAGCAACUGAAUACCAUGAAGACAGAGAGCAGGAGAAAUGUGAGGAUGCUAAAGGAAGAGGUGCAAAAGCUGGAUGAUCUUUACCAGCAAAGUGUUAAGGAGGCUGAGGAACAAGAUGAGAAGUGUGCCAGGGAGCUUGAAUCCCUGAAGAAACACAGGCACCUAUUGGAGAGUGCUGUGAGCGAGGGCCUCAGCGAAGCCAUGGAUGAGCUAGAGGCUAUCCAGUGGGAAUACCAUCUGGUUCUACUAAGCACAGCUGAAGAAAGGAGAAAAGUGAGAUGUAACUUACAGCAUCUUUUAGAGAUGGUUGCUACACAUGUAGCGUCUUUGGAAAAUCACCUUGAAGAACGGAUUGUAAAAGCAGAUGGAGACUAUGAAGGAUGCAUGUCUGAAGACCUCUUGGAAAAUAUCAAAGAGAUUGCCGAGAAGUACAAGAGUAGUGCUGUUCUAUUUAAGACUCUAAGUGAAUGA